GAAUUGACCCAUUCAAGAGAAAGCAGAUAUUCAUUGCCCGUUCGGACUUCUACAAUCAAAACUAGACUUGAAAACAUGAAGUCUCCCAUUUUAGAGUAAGCAAAAAGCCAACAAAAAUUGCACUUUUAUCCAAAAUAAAAAUCCAAAGACACAGUUGUGUGCAGUUAAGGGUGAGCCUUAGCAACAACAUGCUCAUCACUAGUCUGUGUGGAAGCUGUUAAAGGAGCUUCUUUCCAACUCUCGAUGGCUUCUUUUCUUUCUUUAUCUCUUCCCAAACUAAACUUAAUAAAGGCCUCAUCAACAGCUAAUACCUCUAUAGCCACUCUUCCCACUGCUGAGUCACUCAAUGAGAAAUUUGGUAGAAAAGGCAUCAAGUUCUUGGAGUCUGAUAACAUUCCCAUUGUUGAGAUGACAGUGAGAGAUGGUAGCUCCUUGAGCCUAAGGAUACCUGAUGCUCAUGUAACAUCUUACAAACCAAAAGUUUAUUGGAAAGAUGACGGCUACCAGGAGGUUCUUUACACAAUUCCUGCAACUGAAACUGGCCUUUACAAAGCCAAAGGUGGUGUUGGUUUGGUCAUGAAUGAAGUACUUCAACCUGGAGCCAAAGGGUUACUCCCUCCCACUCUAGAGUGGACUGUAAAUGAUGUUGACUCUGAUGCCAUAGAUGCUCUUCAGGUUGAAUUGAGCUGCACUAGUAAAUUUUUUGACAUCACUUACAUUGUGACACUCUAUCCAGUGAGCAUGGCCACAGCAGUUAUUAUUAAGAACAAAGCCCCCAAGCCUGUCACUCUAAACAAUGCUAUACUAAGCCAUUUUAGAUCUAAGAAAAGAGGAGGGACAGGAAUUAAAGGUCUCAGAAGCUGCUCAUUCUGCUCACACCCUCCUCUCUCUUCUCCUUUUCAAAUCUUGACUCCAUCAGAAGCAAUGAUAUAUGAGCCUCGUAGAUGGUGUUCUUUUGGUGCUGAACCUGACGUGAAGCCUGGGACGUGGACUCAGCAAGGUUUGUCUCUUACCCUUCUUGAGAAUAAGAUGAGUAGAGUAUAUGCUGUACCUCCAGACCAAAGAUCAAAGGCAUUUUUUCACUCUACACCUUCCAAGUAUGAAACCAUUGACCAGGGACGUGAGAUUUUCUUCAGAGUGAUAAGAAUGGGUUUUGAGGAUAUUUAUGUAUGCAGCCCUGGUUCCUUGUACGAGAAAUAUGGAAAGGACUACUUCAUCUGCACUGGGCCAGCUUCACUUUUGGUGCCUGUGACUGUGAAUCCGGGUGAAGAAUGGAGAGGAGCACAAGUCAUUGAGCAUGAUAACUUGACAUGAUUUAUUUAUUUAUUUUUCUGGGGUAGAAUUUGUAUUGUUCUUCCCUAAACUACACGUAUAUUUUGUUUAUUUGAUUUAUGUCUAAUAGUCAAAUACUAUAUCAAUAAAAGAGCUUACAUAAUGCUUGAACAUUUUUCCUUUAAUUGCACUUCGGUGCCAUAUGAUGAAAAUUUCUUCUC